AGGCGAGGAACGUGUUUCCUGUUAAAAUUUCAUAUAGGUUAUGUUCUGAUGUUUCACUUGUUCCGAACAUUGGUCAUUCUUAAAGUUCGAAAGAAAACAUUUUCAGUACUUCGGCAGUUUCAGAUAAAUUAAAAAAUAUUGCAAUAAUGCCUAUACAUGGUACGCUAUGCAAUAUUGUAUCCAGAAAUGUUUCUACAUCGACGAUAUGUAAUCAAAUAAUAAAAUUGACAAGAUUAAGAGUUGUGGACAAUAGUGAAAUUGGAAAGCAGGCUAUGAUGGAAGGAAAACCACCACGUUGUAUUCAUGUUUAUAAUAAAACAGGAGUUGGUUAUAUAGGGGACAGAGUAUUAGUUGCCAUAAAAGGUGAGAAAAAGAAAGGUAUAUUGGUUGGUUUGAAACAACGUCAAAAUCCCAAAAUACCAAGAUUUGACAGCAAUAAUAUAGUUCUCAUAGAUGACAGUGGAACACCUUUAGGUACUAGGAUCUAUGUACCAAUUCCUCAUAUCCUAAGAACAAUCAUGAAAAAUAAAACACACAGCAAAGGUGCAGAUUAUACAAAAUUGCUAGCUAUUGCCACAAAAUUUGUAUAAUACAUACAAGCGUACAUUUCUUUAUAUAGGUACUACCUUAAACAGUUAGAAACUGCAUCUGCAUAAAUAUGUAUAUAUGUUAAUAUUAUUAUGUAUAUAUACAGCAAAUUAUAUAUGCAUAACAAAAUAAAGUGUUACAUUCAUAA